AUGGCCAGCACUUCUAAUGACAAAGAAACAGAAAUACCACCACAGCCAUUGCAGCCCUCAUUGAAACAGUCGAGUAUUUCUGAAAAACAAGAGCAGAUUGUCAUCUCAGAAAACCCAGUCGGCAUUGAAGGGGAAAGAAUUGAGCGAGGAUCUAAUUUAUAUAUUUCUCUGACAAUAGUUGACGAGAAACAACAAAUUAAAGAGAAUGCUGGCACAUCGGCACCAGCAAACAAAGUAAAGGAUGUUGUUCGGCAGCAGAACCUAGAGAAAAAGUCUUCAUACAAGAAAGAUAAUACUUCAUUUGAUUUCAACCGCUUUCUUGAGCAAAUGAAGCAUAAAAGUACACAAAGCAUUGCAAAAUAUGUAAAAAGUUUUGAAAAAGAAUUUGCACGAAAGCCGUGGACUGUCAAUGAACAAAUCAAGAUUAUCCACGACUUCUUGGAGUUUAUAACUUUGAAAAUGCGGGAGACUGAGAUGUGGCAAAAUUCGUCCGAGCAAGAGUUUGAAAAUGCCCGAGAAGGGAUGGAGAAAUUGGUCAUGAAUCGAAUAUUCACAUUAACAUUUACUCCAGCAAUAAAGGGGCCUGUGACAACCGAUGACAGAGAGCGGGAUGAUAUAUUACAUCAGAGAAUUCAAAUAUUUCGUUGGGUCAGAGAGCAGCACUUGGAUAUUCCCAUUACACGCAACAAUGAAUCAUUUCUCAAUUUUGCCAAAUCAGAACUCUUAAAAAUUAAUAAUUAUAAAGCACCGCGGGAUAAACUUAUUUGUAUAUUGAAUUGUUGUAAAGUCAUAUUUGGAUUAUUAAGACUUGUCGACGAAGAUGAAGGUGCUGAUAAGUUCUUACCAGUACUUAUCUUUGUUGUAUUACGAGCCAAUCCACCCGAUUUAGUAUCAAACGUUCAAUACAUUUCGCGAUUCCGCAAUCCAGACAAGCUUGUAUCUGAGGCUGGAUAUUACCUGUCGAGCUUGAUGGGGGCUAUUUCAUUCAUUGAAAAUAUGGACGAAUCGUCUCUUUCAAUAACGAAAGAAGAGUUCGACAAUAACAUCGAAAUAACGAUGAAAGAACUCGAACGCGAACGCCCAAAACCAGAAGAAAACGAUUCAGUCCUUACAUACGAUAACGUCGUCCAUCCAAGAUCUACACAAUCAACAAAAUCCCCACUAUUAAACUCUGCUCAAGCAAAGGCAUUUUUAGAAAAAGGUAGCAACUUUGCCCAGCGGACAAUUCAAAAGCCGUUGAAUAUGAUGAACAAAUUCCUCUCCGAAAUCGCAAACGACCUCCAAGAUACUCCCCUAGCACCCCCUACCCCACCCCGACCAUCCUCUAACACUCUCGACAUUCGCUCCUCCUCAAAUAUAUCCCCACGCAGCCUCUCCCCACACGGACAACCUUCGUCAUUCCCACAAGGAGCAGAUGGAAGCAACGCAACGGUUCCUGCUCAACGAAGACAAAGGACACUCUCCGACUCGUCCCAUUCUUCAAGAACGUCCAAUGAUUUUUCCGACGUACAGACUGAAGUGGCAAGAAUUAGUGAGGCAGAAUAUAGAACAAAUAUGGAAACGCUAAGGGUAAUGUUUCCAAAUGUGGACCCCGAUGUGUGUGAAGUUGUGUUUCAGGUGAACGAGUGUAGAUUAUAUGCCGCUAUUGAGAAGUUGUUAGAGAUAUCAGAUCCGACUAGGAAUGAUGGUGAAUAUUAUAAUAGCAUUAGUGGCCAAGGUGGAGAUCCGGAGAAGGACGAAUUAUAUACAGCUGCCACAUGA